GAAAGAAAAGAAAAGAAAAGGGGGGGGGAGAAGCCACUGAGAAGGGUUAUAAAAAAAGCGAGUCCCUCAGAAGAGUGAAGCGCAAAGCGAGGAGGAGCCCCAACCUGGCAGCACGCGAGGACUUCCAAGGGAGCAGGGUGGGGGGGAAGCCUGGAAAUGCAGCGUCGGAGCGUCCUCCUGCCCCUUCUGCUGGUGUGCGCGGCCGCGGCGGCGGCAGCCCACGCCGGCGGCGCCGAGUGCGGGCUGGCCGAGCGCUCCGGCCGGGCUCGAAGGGACACCCGGCAGGCGGCGCAGCAGCAGCAGGCGGCGGCGGCGGCGCAGCAACACGCCGCUCUCCACUCGCCUUACCCCGCCCCGGGCACCUGCGCCACCAGGUUAGCCCGGGGUAGACGCUCCUCCGCGGGCGCGGGCGGGCCGGAGGCGCCGCGGGCUCCGCGCCGCAGGAGGCGAGCUCAGGAGGGCGGGGAGCAGCCGGCAGUCAGCCGAGCGCUCUAUUUUCGCGGCGAGGGCGACCAGCUGCGGCUGAAGGCGGAGGUGGAGUUACCCCGGGAUGCCUUCACGGUCCAAGCGUGGCUACGGCCCGAGGGCGGGCAGAAGACUCCGGCGGUCGUCGCAGGACUAUAUGACAAAUGUUCUUACACCACCCGUGACCGAGGAUGGGUCCUGGGGAUUAACACCAUCAGUGACCAGGGGAAUAGAGAACCCCGCUUUUUCUUUUCCUUGAAGACGGACCGUGCCCGGAAGGUUACCACCAUCACAGAUCAUCGUAACUACCUCGCAAACCAGUGGGUUCACCUAGCUGUCACUUACGAUGGACGCCUGAUGAAACUCUAUGUGAACGGUGCUCAAGUGGCUACCAGUGGGGAGCAGGUAGGGAACAUCUUUAGCCCUUUGACCUUGAAAUGCAAAGUUCUCAUGCUUGGUGGGAAUGCCCUGAAUCAGAAUUACCGAGGCUACGUAGAACAUUUCAGCCUUUGGAGAACAGCCCGGUGUCAGAAGGAGAUUCUGUCUGACAUGGCCAUGGUGACUCAUGAAGCAGAUGCUCCUCUACCUCAGCUCGUUUUUCAGGAGACUUUAUUGAAUGUGAAAAGCAUCUGGUCUCCGAUGAAAGACAGCCCUAGUCUUCCUCAGAUCGAAUUCACUUCCCACCCUGGCUACCUGCUGGAUACAAGCCUUGAUCCUCCUCUAUGUGGGCAAACUGUGUGUGACAACAAAGAGGUCAUUGCCAGCUACAACAAGCUCCCAAACUUCCGUCACAAAAAGGUAGUCCGCUACCGAGUGGUGAAUAUCUAUGAUGACCACCAUCACAACCCAACUGUUAGCCGUGAACAGAUAGAAUUUCAACACCAGCAACUGAACGAUGCCUUCAGCCCUUACAACAUCACAUGGGAACUGGAGGUGCUGGAAGUAAAGAACUCUUCCCUCCGGCAUCGCCUGAUCCUGGCCAACUGUGAAAUUAGCAAGAUUGGAGAUGACAGUUGUGACCCUGAGUGCAACCAUACCUUAACCGGGUACGAUGGAGGGGACUGCCGGCACAUGCGACACUCGUCAUUCAACAAGAAGAAGCAGAAUGGUGUGUGCGACAUGGAUUGUAACUUUGAGAGGUACAGCUUUGAUGGUGGGGAUUGCUGUAACCCAGAGAUAACUGAUGUCACCAAGACAUGCUUUGAUCCAGAUUCUCCUCACAGAGCUUAUUUAGAUGUCAAAGAACUUAAGAACAGGCUACAACUGGAUGGCUCAACACAUCUCAACAUCUUCUUUGCUAACAGCUCUGAAGAAGAGUUGGCAGGUGUAGCUACCUGGCCGUGGGACAAGGAAGCUUUGGUACACCUGGGGGGAAUUGUGCUGAAUCCUUCCUUCUAUGGCAUAGCGGGACACACCCAUACAAUGAUCCAUGAAAUAGGGCAUAGUCUGGGGCUCUACCACGUCUUCCGAGGAAUCUCCGAGAUCCUCUCCUGCAAUGAUCCAUGCAUGGAAACAGAACCUUCCUUUGAGACUGGUGACCUCUGCCAUGACACAAAUCCAGCUCCAAAACACAAGACCUGUGGUGAUCCAGCCCCUGGGAAUGACAUGUGUGGUUUCCGUAGCUUCCAGGACACUCCAUUUAACAAUUUUAUGAGCUACACAGACGAUGACUGCACCAACUCCUUCACACCCAACCAGGUGGCAAGGAUGCACUGCUACCUGGACCUUGUGUAUCAGAGCUGGCAACCUGUCAAGAAGCCUGCCCCCAUCGCUAUCACACCACAGAUCGUGGACCGAAUGGGGACCUUCAUCACCCUGGAGUGGUUUCCACCCAUAGACAGGCACUUCUUUGAAAGAGAAGUGGGAUCAGCCUGUGAUCUCUGCGUGGAAGGCAGGACCCUUGUGCAGUAUGCAUUCAGAGCCUCAUCACCGAUGCCAUGUGACCCAUCCGGACACUGGAGUCCCCGUGAAGCAGAAGGUCCCCCUGAUGUGGAACAGCCGUGCAAGGCCAGUGUUAGAACUUGGAGCCCCAAUUCAGCAGUCAUCAAGCAAACCAUCCCUCCUGCCUGUCCCGAACCCCAGGGCUGCUACCUGGAGCUAGAGUUUCAGUACCCGGUAAUCCCAGAGUCUCUGACCAUAUGGGUGACCUAUGUCUCUGAUGACUGGCAUUUCAGCGAAGCGGUGAAUGACAUCAAACUCUUAAUGGUCAGUGGGCGGAACAUAUCCCUUGGCCCUCAGAACUUCUUCUGUGAUGUCCCCAUGACCAUCAGGCUGGACUCCAAGAAGGUGAAUGAAGAAGUUUGUGGCAUCCAAAUCUACACUUUGGAUGAACAGCUGGAGAUUGAUGCCGCCAUGAUAAGCUCGGUCCCUCAGAGCAAGCAGUGUGCCAACUGCCGACCUAUCUGGUACAAAGUAGCCCGGGACCCUCCCUUUCAGAAGGGCUCUCCAUUCAUCAUCUCAGACCUCAGCCGGAAAUUCAUGGACACUGAAAUACAAGCAGGCAUCUUAUACACUUACUGGGUUUCAGUAAUUUCUGGGAUGGAAGAGAGCGAAACAUCCCCACCACUCACCUAUGUCCAUGGAAGCGGCUACUGUGGAGAUGGGAUUAUCCAGAAGGACCUUGGGGAAGAGUGUGAUGACAUGAACAAGGUCAAUGGAGAUGGAUGUUCCCUCUUUUGCCGUCAAGAGUUGUCCUUCAAUUGCAUCGAUGAACCAAGCAGGUGCUACUUCCAUGAUGGUGACGGUGUGUGCGAAGAGUUUGAGCAGAUGACCAGCAUCAUAGACUGUGGAGUCUAUACACCCAAAGGCUUUGUUGACCAGUGGGCGUCCAACGUGUCGGUCUCACAUCAUGAUGAGCGAUGCCCAGAAUUGGUUGUGAUAGGUCAGCCAGCAGCCAAUCAAGUGUGCCGAACCAAAGCGAAUGACUUCAGUGAUGGAAUAUCUCAGCAUGCUUGGUACCCAUGCGCUGCCAACAACACCCAGACUGUUUUCUGGCUCAAGGCUUCCUUUUCACAACCAAUGGUUGCUGCCGCCGUUAUAAUCCACUUGGUUGCAGAUGGGACCGAAGAUCUCGAUCAGCAGGAGACCAUUUCUGUUCAACUGGUUGACACCAAAGACCAGAGCCAUGACCUUGGAAUCCAUGGCUUGAGCUGCAGGAAAAACCCUUUGAUUAUCCCUGUCAUUCAUGACCUUAGCCAACAUUUCUACCAUACCCAGGCCAUCCUCAUCACCUUCAGCUCUCCGUUCGUGGCCAUCUCUGGGGUGGCCUUGCGCUCCUUCCAAAACUUUGACCCCAUCACCGUCAGCAGUUGCCAAAGCGGACAGACCUAUAGCCCGGCUGAGCAGAGUUGUGUCCACUACUCCUGCAAAGCCACUGACUGCCAAGAACUGGAGAUUGAGAAUGCUGUGCUGACCUUCUCCAGUGCGGGGCGUUUUAAUGGUGCCCAGUGCAAUGUCACCUGCAAGACAGGCUACAUCCUUCAAAUACAGAGAGAUGACGAUCUUGCAAAGAAUCAGGUGGAGCCCAGUGUCACCAUGACCUGUGUGGAUGGGAAGUGGAGCAAGCAGGUAGCCUGCGAACCUGUGGACUGUGGGUUCCCUGACCAGUAUCAUGUCUACCCAGCCACCUUCAACUGCAGUGAGGGCACCACCUUUGGCAAGAGAUGUUCUUUCACUUGUAAGCCUCCUGCCCAGCUGAAGGGGAACAACAGCAACUUGACAUGCUUGGAAGAUGGGCUCUGGUCCUUUCCUGAGGCGCUCUGUGAACUGAUGUGCCCAGCUCCUCCUUUAGUCCCCAGUGCCGACCUCCAAACUGCUCGCUGUCGUGAAGAGAAACACAAAGUUGGUUCCUUUUGCAAGUAUAAAUGCAAGCCAGGUUACCAUGUCCCAGGAUCCUCUCGGAAGGCAAGGAAGAGGGCCUUUAAGAUCCAGUGUGGCCAAGAUGGAACUUGGCUAGAAGGAGCUUGUACACCUGUCACCUGCGAACCUCCACCCUCCAAGUUCUACGGGCUCUACCACUGCACCAACGGCUUCCAGUUCAACAGCGAGUGCAGGAUCAAGUGUGAAGAGGGUGGCACCCAAGCUGGCCUUGGGAACAACGUGAUUCACUGCCGGAAAGAUGGCACCUGGAGCGGCUCAUUUCACCUCUGCAGAGGGAUGCAAGGACACUGCUCCCUUCCCAGCCAGCUGAGCGGAGGCCUGAAACUGCAGUGUCCAGAGGGAUACAGCAUAGGAGCUGAAUGUACCAUCUUGUGCCCAGACCAUCCUAGUGAGCCCAUCCUGUUGCGUGCCAACGAGACAUUACAAGACAUCCAGCACUGGAUGAACCCUCCAAGAGUGAAGAACGUUGUCUGCACCGCUGAACUCAAGUGGUAUCCUCAUCCUGCACUGAUCCACUGCAUCAAGGGUUGUGAGCCUUUUAUGGGAGACAACUAUUGUGAUGGGAACAAUAACCGAGCCUUUUGCAACUAUGAUGGUGGGGACUGUUGUGCCUCAACAGUGAAGACUAAAAAGGUCAUCCCCUUCCCAAUGUCCUGUGACAUGCAGGGGGAUUGUGCUUGUCGGGACCCCAGCGCCCAAGAGCACAGCCGACGGGAGCUUCGCGCCUUCAGCUUUGGAUAAUACCAAGAUGACAGAAGAGAAACCACCUCCAAAGGCUAGGAGAGAGGCAUCGUCACUUACCCCAUUUUUGUUGGUAUUGUGUGUGUUUUUUUCCUCAUUUGUUUAAAACAAAACAAUUUCAGCUGCUCAACUCAAUGGUGUUUCUGCACCAGGGACCUGUAGAACUCAACCAGUCUGCCUUUAAUUUCUUUGCCCAAGGAGAACUGAAAUUUGGGGUGGGGGUGGGGGUGGAGGGUGGAGGGAGAGGCAGGCUCUUGUAUUAAACAUAUCUUACCUAGCAAGAAGAAGCAAAACAGGAAAUGGCAAAUAGUUGAGUCAAAAAGGACUUUUUAAAAACAACAACAAAAAUGUGCCAGGAGACGAAGGAGGAGGCAUCAUGGUCUGAUGCAAUUGUGCAUCCACCUCGUUUGAACAAUGCGUGGUUCAGUUUGUGGGUUUGUAUGUCUUUUGGCUUAAGUCCCUCCUCCUCUUUUGUAUGCAGAUUAAGGCAAAAAAAACACAACCAAGCCAUAUAUAAAUAUGUACCUAAUAUUUAUAGAGAAGUUGGUGGGGGUGGGGUGGAGAGAGGGAGAGAGGGAGAGGAGCAUGCCACGGCAACAGAAGAAGGAGUGCAUUGCCUUGGCUGCCUUCAGUGUUGUACGCUCAGACUCCCUUCAUGCUCAAUGAGGGUGUGAGAAAAAAGAAGGAAGGAAGGAAAGAAGGAAGGAAGGGAAGGAAGGAAGGAAAGCCAGUAAGCCAUUUGGUUUGUUGGGGUUGGGUUGGAAAGAAGAUGAGGAGGGGGGAGGAAAAAGAAGAAUUGCUCGCCAGCUUGGCAGACAAGGAGAGGGGGCUUCCUGAGAUGCUUAAGCCAGUGCUUGAGGGAGAGGAUGCAUUUCUGUGGCAAAAAGCUGAGGGUCAAGGGGGGUGGGGGUGGCUUCAGCUGCUAAGCUGGGGAUGAAGGAUGGAAGUCCCACUGCACCACCAAUGGGGAACAGAGAAGAAAAGGAAGCGGAAGAACCAAACCUCCAUCCUGCUGCUGCUGUUACUCUUGCUGCUGCUAUAUCCCGUAAAACUGAUUCCCUAACUGUGUCAGGAACAGGGUGCUGUUUAACCUCCAAGCAACCAAACAGUCUGCCUUAAACCGCUUUACCGGUUGCCUGUCUUCCAAACCACCUCGGGGUUCCUCCCCACCUUCCCUUCCUCAAGAAUGACAAAGAAAAACAAGACACCAAUCAGCCCCCAAAACAUACCCAACUAAGUUCUCUUCAGAGUAGACCCCCUUGAAUUUGAUGGCCCUAGCCCACUUAGGUCUGCUCAUUUCAGUGGGUUGAAUGCGACCAAUAACCCUCAAGGCCCAAAAUGAAAUUUCAGCAGCAAACAAAGCCUCGUGUGGGCAUGUGGCUUUUCCAUCACCUGAUCAGCCUUUGUCCUCCAAAUAUAAAAUCCCUGAGACAAUGACCCAACCUGUGACUGAGGAGAGAGAGGUGGGCCUUUCCCAAAGUGAUAGAAGCUACCUGGUGCAAGACCCUUGAGCUGUGUGGAACAACCCUUAUCAGUAUUAACCUCUCGGGCAGGACCCCACAAUGCUCCUGCCAUUGCCUGUCUAACCUCUUCCACACCAUCAUAUCUGGAGUCAGCUCUUGGUAGCUGCCAGCUUCCCCCCAUCCUCUCUCUGUCUCUCAGUCAUUGGACUCCAUGUGCAAUUUUGCUGCUAGAACUCUAAAUUCUGCACACAGGGGCCUGGGCUUGUACAACUUCUCCUAUCCCUGCAGG